UCGAUUUAUUCGAGCGUACAGCUGUUCGAUAUUAAAACAACUUAAUUAGACAAAUAUUAUUUACUAUAAAUAAUAAUAAUUAAUAAUUAAUAUGACGUAUAUAAAGAGCAAAUCUUUAUAAAGAUUUAUUUUCAAUUAUAUUUAAUAUUGUUCAUUGCGAGGAAUUAAAAAACGUUAACAAAAAUGAGUUGAACAAAAGUGUGGUUAUUUUUCUUCGAUCAAAGGCUACCAUUGUUAAAGUUAUAAAUUUUUUAAUACGCAUAUAAAAAUAUACAUACAUAUAUAUAUAUAUAUACACAACAAAGUAAUCAUAUACAAUAAGAAGAAAAUUGAAAUCCACUAUCAUGUCUAGUUAUAAUAAUAAAUCAACAAUACCACCACGAUGGCUUAAUUGUCCAAGGAAAGCUAUUAGGUUGAUAAGAAAUAAAUUCUUAGCAUUCAAAACACCAUUAUCAUCUGCGUUCAAUGACCAAGUACCAGAAGAAUGUUGGUUCACAAUAGAUAUGCUUUUUUCUUCACUUAGAAGUGAAAAAAUUAAACUCGGUUUAUGGAUUGAUUUAACCAACACGACAAGAUUCUACGAUAAGAAAAGUUUGGAAGCGCAUGGUUGUAAAUAUUUGAAAAUUCAAUGCAAAGGACAUGAUGAGAGACCGUCAAAUGAACAAACUAACUUUUUCAUACAUGUUUGUAAGCAAUUCAUAGCGCAAAAUCCAUUGGAUGUCAUUGGUGUUCAUUGUACUCAUGGGUUCAACAGAACUGGAUUUUUAAUAAUUAGUUAUUUGGUCGAAAUGGAUUGUCUCAGCGUAGAUGCAGGCUUAGCUGAAUUUGCAGCAGCUCGACCUCCUGGUGUUUACAAGGGUGAUUAUAUUAAAGAAUUAUAUAAAAGAUACGACGAAGAGGAGGAGACUCCUGAUCCACCGCCAAGACCAGCAUGGUGUUUAGAAUAUGAUGACUCUAACGAAGAAGAUACAGACGAAGGACCCAGUGUGGAUAACAGUCCAUGCGAAAGGGAAAACAAGAAAAAAAGAAAAGAACAUCAUAACAAAAAUCCUGUAUUUAUGGCUGGCGUAUCAGGAGUAACACCUAUCUUGGAUCAGAAGAAGUUAUCCGGUAUACAAAAGUGCGUUCAAAAAAUUUGUUCUUGGGAGUUGUCAGGAUUCCCAGGUUCUCAACCGGUUUCAAUGGAUUUAGAAAAUAUUAGGUUAUUACAUGAGAAACCUUACAGGGUAUCAUGGAAAGCCGAUGGAACUAGGUAUAUGAUGCUCAUACAAGCCAACCGAGAAGUAUACUUCAUAGAUAGAGAUAAUAGUGUUUUCCAAGUGGAUGGUUUAACUUUUCCUCAUCCGAGAGAUUUAUCCAAAUGUCUUAAAGAUACACUUUUAGAUGGUGAAAUGGUAAUCGACAAAGUAUGCAAUAAAGAAUAUGCUAGGUAUUUAGCAUAUGAUAUAGUUAUGUUCGAUGGUAAAGAUGUUAGCAAAUUACCUUUCCAUCCUGAUCGAUACGAAAUUAUUGAAAAAGCAGUAAUAAAAAGUAGGCAUAAAGCUUUGAUGGAAGGAAGAAUAAGAAAAGAACGUGAACCAUUUUCGAUUCGACUAAAACACUUUUGGGAUGUCGUUCAAGCGGCUAAUUUACUUAGCGACAAAUUUGCCAAGAAUUUAUCACACGAACCGGAUGGAUUAAUAUUUCAACCGUCCAAAGAACCAUAUCGUCCGGGACCAUGUCCAGAAGUUUUAAAAUGGAAACCCUUAUCGAUGAAUUCUGUUGAUUUCAAAUUAAAAAUUGUCACUGAAACAGGAGUUGGAAUACUUCCGCGCAAAGUUGGUCAUCUUUUUGUUGGCGGUUGGGAUGUACCUUAUAGUCAAAUGAAAAUUACUAAACAAAUAAAAGAUUUGAAUAAUGCAAUUAUCGAAUGUAAAUUAGAGAACGGUCAAUGGGUGUUCAUGCGCGUUAGAGCAGAUAAAUCAUUUCCUAAUUCGAAACGUACCGCUGAUGCUGUAUUCGAAAGUAUUAGAAGACCGGUUAAAACGUCAUAUCUUUUAGAAUAUAUCGAGAAGCAUAAAUUUUUAGAAGACGAUUCGGAUCUUAUGCCACCACCUAAAAAGAGAUCUAAAUUAGAUUAAUGAUUUGUAUACAAAUAUAUAUUUAUAUAUAUCGUUACCAACAUUACAAAUAUGUAUUCCUACUUUUGAAAUUAAGUAAUAUUAGCAUGAUUGCAAGCCAACUUGCAUGUUUAAGAGAUAUUAAAAAAAAAAAAAAUCAUUCAACAUUGACCGUUCGAGCAUGGACGCGUUCCUCGUUAAAAAAUGUUGAAAAUCGUGUUUCUAUUUUCAGAAUAAAUUACUUUUUACUUCGUGAACUCUCUUGUAUCCAAUUAAUAAAUAAGAUUUUUUAUUGUGUAGAUAAUAACAAAACAAAAUAUUAUUCUAAUCAUGUUCUUUUUUUUUUAGAUCUUUUUGCAUAAUAACCGUUGAUAUUAUAUAAACGUUGAUUGCACUCGUCCGUGCUCCAAUAGUUACAAUUAUUUAUAGUUAAUUUUGUUUCGUAUAUUAUCGUUGUAUAUUCGAAAUCAUCACCUUCGCUGAAUAAAAUAAAU